GAAAUGUAACUGUGCUUUGUUUACCCAUCUGUCUCUCGCUCUUUUGCUUGUCCUUCAUUAUUGUGGCAUGAAAAUGUUUUGGACAUUUUCAAAUUUCCAUCUUUUAAGCUUAAAAUAGUUUAAAUUUGUCUCACCAUCUGUUUUAUUAUUUUGUAGGUGUUGAUAGGAAGCAAACAAAAUGCAAUGUCCAGAGACCUCUGCACCUUCACCUUCUAAGAUACAAAAUGCGGUAAAUUCAGCACUCCCAACUUCUUCUAAACGAAGAAGAUUAGUAUCUGAGGUUUGGAAUGACUUCAAAAGAGUUGAAGUUGAUGGGGAGCACCGGGCCAUCUGUAAUCAUUGUCUCAAGCACUUUUCAGGGUCAAGCAAAAGUGGGACCACACAUUUAAAAAAUCACUUGUCAAGAUGUUCCGCUAUAAAAUCUCCUACUCUUUGGAGGAUGGCAAUUCCAAAGUCAACUUCUACUUCAAAUUCUGCUUUCAGUAUUGAAACUAUGACAAUCAAUCCAAUCUUGAAUGGUUGUGAUCCUGACAUUGUAGAGGUCUUCGUUUGUGGGAAGGAAUUGUUGGAAAAUCCUAUGAGGAUCACAUCUAACAGGGACAAUGAACUCUCUCCUGAACUUACUCAUACCUCAUUUGUUUCGGCAGGGGCUUCUUUAAGCUUGGAAACUCAAGAGAAACAUGCUCCCUCUAGUGCCAACAUGGAACUCAUGCUUACAAAUCAUAGGGUCACACCUAACAGGGACAAUGAACACUCUCCUGAAAUUACUCAGAAUUCAUUUGUUUUUCCGUGGGCUUCUUUAAGCUUUGAACCUCAACAGAAACAUGCUCCCUCUAGUGCCAACACGGAACUCAUGGUUGCAAAUCUUAGUUCAACUUCGUGUCCUGGGCCAGGUCCAACUGGUCAUUCUUCAUUUGUUUCAGCAGGGACUUUUUCAAGCUUGGAACUUCACGAGGCACAAUCUCAUUCUAUCAUUUGUUUUACUAUCUAA